ACAAAUAUAGUAUUAUACUCCAAACCGCAGACUUGUCGGCCUUGUUAGAACAGGUGCUGCGCGCUACAAGUUAGCGGCGCGCCCGACCGACCGGCUGCUUGCAGACAGUGCGCGAGGUCACUCGAUCGGUCACGUUAUUUGGAUUGUCACCUGUAGUCAUAGAUUACAGGGGUAGUGGGAAACUGGCUGGAGCGCGAGGGUCUGCACACCACAUCAAUUCAUCAAUCGGUCUGGCUGCGAACUACGCCUGGCGCGCGCUGAUUCGCGCGCUGGCAUCACAGCGCCACAUCAUUUGAAGCGCGGCAUAACUGCAACCAAAUUUUGCUGGCAGCGCUCUGAUGGUUAUGAUCGCGCCAGCCUUCGCCCUGCUGGUCCUAAUGCUCGCGGGGUCGCUCGCCCAGGGUAUGCCGCACCGCUUGCCACGCAGCUUGCCGAUGUUCGUUCAUGUGUAGAUAGCAGCAGCCUCCGCGCCAAAGGUCAACUGUCACUAAUGCGCUCGGCCCUGCCGUCCCGCCCGUGGAAACCGUUCGCCGCAGGCGCCGGACUGAAGUGCGCGCCCGCAGCCCUGUCUGGCACCUACGAUGUCGUGCUGUGGACGGCGGUGGAGCUGUCGGACGUGACCGAGACCCGCAACCCGACCGGGCCCGGCGGCGCCACCACCACCACCGCCUCCGAGACGCCUCGUUCCGCUCAGGGCACCUUCCUGUACCUGUCGCCCACCUACAGCCGACGCCGCUGCGACGCCGCCACCGGCAACACUCUGCAUGCGCUGCGGCUCAAGGUGACGGGCUGCACUGGCUUCAGGGGCCGCACCACCCCCUCCUCCCCAGAGGCCUGCACCACCGCGGCAGGCUGCACCAGGUCCUCCGCCGGCGCCGACUGCCCCACCGCCUGCAUGCGGGGCGUCAUGGAGGCGGCGGAGGCGACCUUCCUGCUGGGCCCGGAGCGGUCGCUGGUGCCCGGCAGUCUGGCGGUGACCACCACCGCGGCCAGCACCAACCUGGAGGCCCAGGUCAAGAAGUGCGCGCCCACCACCGCCCUCGCCAGCAACGCCACCUGGGUGCAGGAGCGCGUGGCCUCGAUCCGUGGCACGUUCGAGGCCCUCGCGAUGCAGGCGCGCGUCAGGACUGACGACGUGUCCGAGACUGUGCCCGUGCGCGCAAACGCGGUGCUGCUGACUGACGACGACGGCGGGCCUCAUCACGGGUCAUCCGCUGCUGGCGACCGCAGCGCGCCGCCACCCCAGCCCCCCAGCCCGCCGCCGCCUUCCCCAUCGCCUCCAAACCCAGGCGCUGCUGCCAGCUCCCAGCAGCCGCGCCGGCUUCAGUCCGACACGCUGUACGUGUUCAACUCUGAGUCCAGCACGUCUGCCCCCCGGGAGGACGGCACCCAGCUGGUGACGGAGACCCGCUUCCUGGUGCCCACGGAUGACGCUUACGAGGCCAUGAGCCAGGGGGGCAGCUCCGGACCCUUCGACCUGCCGGCAGGCGGGCGCGCCAGCACACUGCUGUCACCCGCCGGCGAUGUCAUUGCGCGCGCCGACAUGGUGCUGUUCGAGAUGGUGGUGCCCGUGGCCUCGCCCAGCAGCGGCAGCGGCACCAGCUCCGGCGGAACAGCAGGGGCUAGCGGCAGCAGCAGCAGCACCGCCUCGGGCGUCAUCACCCGCGUGCGAGCUCUCCUGACACUGUCCAAGCCAGCGGCGGCGGCUGUGGUGUCAGGCGGCGCGGAUGAGGAUGGUGGUGGUGGUGGCGGCGGCGGCAGUGCCGCCGGUGGCGUCAACCCCACCGCCGCCGUGGCAAGCUUGGCUGCUACGGUCACCAAGCUGUCCAGGCCGGGCACUGCUUACCCGGGCAAGUCUUUCCAUUCCUUCAUCGCUGGCUGGAAGGAGCAGCUGGCCGAGAACAGCCGGCGCCGCCGACGGCUCGUGGAGGGGUCCGUUGCUGGUAGCGACUUCAGUAGGCGGUCUCUUGAGUCGGUCCAAAUAUCAAACUAUCUGUUUGAUGAAUCUCGGAGCACCACUGUCCUGGACUACGAGCUCAGCGCGCGAAUGUACUUGCGCUACAAUGUGACCAGUGGCCGCCCUGAUGUCCCCUUUGCAACCGCCUUUGAUGUUGGCAUGGGCGUUGACGGCGGCAUCAGCGCGGUCUUGUUCGGCAACAGGUUUGACAACUUUCUCUACAUGAAGGCGGGAGCCAAGGCCACGAUGCAGUGCGUGGCGCCCAACCGCUACGCCCCGGCGGGCAGCACGGCUGUCUACUGGCAGGUGAUGGCGCUGGACCGCGAGCUGGUGAACAGCGAGGUGGCGCUGUAUCCCUGGCGCGACAACUGCACAGACUACCUGCACGUCCAAGACGGCCCCUACUUUGUCGCAUACCAGAUGAACAACACCCGCAUUGUGAUCGCGGAAAUUGGUCUGGACUUCUGGAUCGCCAGCGCUCGCCUCGCUCUGGAGUUUGAGCCCGCCGUAUACGCGGGCGGCGGCGGCUGCCAGCAGCAGUGCGGUGUCGAGCAGUGCGGCGAGCCAGCCACUGUCAUGACCGCCGGCGGCCUCGGCCUCUCGGGCGGCCUCAUCGGUUCGGCGUCAGCCAGCCUUUUGUUCGUGAGCGCUGGGGUGGAGAUCACCCUGGUCCAGCCCGAGGUGGCGGCUUCGGUCUUCAUGUCCAACAACCAACUGCUGUACGGCGGUUGGGCCGGCCUCACGCCGUCGUGCUGGGGUCUGGGAGCCGACCUGCUGAUCGCACAGGUGUAUGCAUGGGCCACGUUCUGGUCUUCUUACUUUGACGGCUACAGGAUCAAUCUGGGGGACCGCAUGGUGUGCGACCUCCCCGCCAUCAAAGCCGCAUACGCGAUUGCCGACGAAAAGUGGAAGCCUCCCAAGCCCCCCUCUCCGCCCCUGCCGCCGAGCCCUCGGCCGCCGUCGCCAACUCCGCCCUCCCCGCCCAGCCCCCGGCCACCGUCCCCAACUCCGCCCUCCCCGCCCAGCCCCCGGCCGCCGUCACCUGCACCCCCUUCGCCGGCCCCGCCGUCGCCGCGCCCUCCCAGCCCUGCUCCGCCCUCGCCACCCUCGCCUCGCCCUCCCUCGCCCACGCCUCCUUCCCCGCCCUCACCCAAGCCCCCCUCCCCGGCACCGCCUUCGCCAAAGCCCCCCUCCCCCUCGCCCCCCUCGCCUCAACCACCCGCGCCCCCCUCCCCGUCUCCACCAUCUCCAGACCCGCCGUCACCACCCCAGCCGCCCUCUCCUGCUCCGUCUCCUCCUCUUCCUCCGUCGCCGCCCUCCUUUCCGCCGCCCUCGCCGCAGCCUCCUAUGCCUCCCCCGAAGCCCCCCUCGCCUCGCCCGCCCAGCCCUGCAGUGCCGGAGCUAGUCAUCGUAGGCUCCUGGUCCUCCGACUUAGACAGCCCAAUGCCCCUGCCGAUCAACACGGACCUGGAACUGCUCAUCGGCUACAACACCACCAGCAGCACCGGCAUUCGUACAUACAACGAGAUCAGCGCCAGCCACCCCGCCCUCGAUGGCGGCGUGUUCGGUGACGACGUGCACGGCAGCUCAGGCACCGAGUCCGUGACCUGGCUCUCCGCAGCGGGCAUCCCCAGCGGCACGCAGAUCGCCAUCUGCAUGCGCGCUUCCACCAUCUCGCCCACCAACACGGCGGGGGCAGUGAUCACGUACCGGGUGCGCGUCCGGGGCGUGCAGGUGCAGGCGGCGUCGGUGAAGAGCAACGCAAGCUCGCUUUAUUAUAGCAUCACCGUGCCUGGGGCGCGGUGCGAUCCGGGGACUAAAGGCUACCUGGCCACCUACACGUGGACAGCCGCGGUGGCGUCAACGGCCCGCGCGGAAGCCCCGACUGCAGCGGACGCAGCUGCGCAGCAGCAGGAUGUGGCGGACGCGGCCGCGGCCAAUAACGCGAUCGCUGCAGCAGGUGACAUGGCCGCCGGGACUGACACGCCACAGCUGCAACAGGCGGAGACGACCGCAGCAACCGCCAGCAGCCCCAGCGAUGGGACCCCUGCUGCCACUGGCAGCGCGGCUACCGUGGCCGGGGACACCCCGGCUACCAGCGGUAACGCCAAUGAUACCGGCAGCAGCGGAGCGAAAAGCAGUGUGCUCCGCACUGCACUGCCGGCCGCGCUGGCUGCAGGAGCUGUCGUGGCAGUGGCAGCUGCAACGGUGUAUGUGGUCAAGCGCCGGCGACUGGCGGGCGGCAAGGUCCUGCCCAUGUGAGGACCCACACCCCGUACGUACGUACGGGUACGUAUGCCAUGUGCGUGCAUGCAUGGCACAUCACGUGGCGCAGCCCUCCAGUCUGUAUGUAGUAUGAAUGCGCGAACGCGUAUGGACAUGUAUGUGCAUGGCGGAUGGUGCCUGUGCCAACCGACCCCGGCUAUGUCCGUGAUGUUCGGUAAUCUCGAAAGCUUUGGCGUCAGACAUGCAUAACCGUGGCGUGCGUGGGCGCAGCCCACUUUUCCCAUCCAUGAAAAGGAGAUCAAUCAUCUUGUCUAGACAGCCCAUGCUAGUCCUAAAGGCUUGGCUCCUAAAGGUAAAUCCUAUCCUAGGACUGUUGCAUUGGAACUUGCGGUGCCAGCUGGCAUGCUGGCGUGAUGCGGUGCUGGUGUGCAAUCCACCGGAUGCAGCGUGCAUUGAAACCGCGGCUGAGGCGGGAUGAUGUUCAGUUCCGCUGGAGCACAUAAGCAGCGAUGGGAUUUCUGUGCUCAUUCUCGUGCCGCGCCGCUCAUGAUUCUUUCAUCUGCACAUCCAUACAUUCUCUCUACCCAUGUUGCCGGGUUGCCGGCCAUACCAUACCAAAGGAUUGAUUGAUUGCAGGUCGCACAGCAGGUUGGUUGUUGAGCAGACAGCAUCAUGAGCCCUUCGAGAACCAUUAUGCCCAAGUAGUAAUACACAGAUUACGCGCGCCCAAUGGCGCAGCAGCUUCCCUUGAUUCUGGAUGUUAUCAUGGCUUGAGAUACUUCAAAAUACUGUUUGUGGGCAGAGCACCCGGAGCGCAGCGACUCACGGGGAGGGGGGGAAGCCCCCCCCCUGCCUGGCCGUACGUGCGUGCGGCGUGCGGGUAUUCAUUGGCACCAAAUUCGGCCCAAGAAGCGGCGCCAGUGCGCAGGUUGAGGCCCGGCCGGUGUCUGGGUAGCAGUCUUUGCUGGGGGGCAUAAGUCUUUGCUGGAGAGCAUAGCAUGGCAGCAUUGAUGGCAGUUUGCUUUGAUGCCUGAUGUGCUUGUGCUUGACAGUGGGACGUGGCUGGACGCAUGGCGGGCGAUGCCUGAGCAAACCGACCCCGGCUAUGUCCGGGAGAUGAGCCUGAGGGGGGUAGACGCUUGCGGCCUCCGACGGUAGACAUGGCGUGCGCGCAGCCACUUCUCCAUUGAGAGAGAGAACCACUUUUUGUCAUUGCUUUAGACUGCAGAGGAGAACGCACGGCCCGGGGAAACAGCAGUCCGCGGUGCCCCCGGGGUGCUGGACUCCUGCUGUGGGCCUUUACCGUGGGAGUGUGUAAAGUGUGAGAAGUGUGCGAAUGUGAGCUUGUGAGGGGCUACUGAAUUGAGGUUUCUGUCAGGCCUCCGCACUUGUUCCGGUCUGAAGGAAGGGGCCAAGGCAACCGCCCACGGGAACUUUCGCCCGGGCCAGUUGACGACACCUUGCACCCGCUCGCCCAUUUUACAAUGGUGGGGAUUCAAGUUGACACUCUUUGCUAGUUGUACUGCUAGUCGGCUACUUAGACACUCAUGCACACUGAGAAUGCUGAUGGACAAGGCGCCUGCUACUUUCGGCACCAGCUACCGGUACUUCCGGCGGGUGUUCAGGCUGCCGUGCACCGCGCUGUCACGCACAUGGCCACACGGCCGCUUCCUGGGUGUGUAGAACCUGCGUUACCUGCCAGUGGUAGUCAGCUGAGGUGUUUUUUGGGCACCUUCACGCCUGUCGCGUGAAAUGGGCACCUUGCCCUGAACAGGACUGAAGGCAAUUCUCCGCCAGUCAGGUGCUUACCCCCCUGUAACCACGCACAGCAGGUGUCGUGGGGCUCGUAGUGAUGAAGUCGUAGGCAGGGGUGAGAUGGGACAGCGUAAGGGCCAGGUUGGCGUAGUCCCGUCGCGUACAGCGUAUUCCCAGACCCCAACAAUCAAUUUACAACGCCAUCAAGGCAAGAUUGCGCGGCUGGUGUGCGGUAUCGCGGGGAUUACUGUACCGAGACGGGGGGGGCUUGUAGGCAGGGGUUUUAAGUAGCGGGGCGGGCCCCCAAGGGGGGUAGCCGUUCAUGUGGAGAAAGGAGUGAUUAAGCCACAACUUCCCAGGGGGCCCCUUGCCAGCACCCCAGCAAGUGUGUUCCGCGCUACGCAGGCGCCUUCAUCCAGCAGCAUCUGUGCUAGCCACUUGAAUUUGACACCGAAAUGACCGGUAUCGUAGGAUAUCGGUAGGAUAAUAAGCGUGGUGGCGGAGAGUCCUGUGUCAAGUUCAGGGUUUCAGGUCCAUGCAAUCCUUGGUGCACCCUGCUAUCCAACACAAGCCU